AUGCGUUUUGGUGAAUAUAUAAUCAAAGGAUCAACAAUUGGUGCAGAUUCAAGAGUAAUGCUUUGGAUCAACAAUCGUGCGAUUCAACAGAGGCAAGCUCCUAGUGUGUCUCACUUAUUUUUUGCUGAUGAUAGUCUCCUUUUCUUUAGAGCCAAGGAGAGGGAAUGUCUCAAAAUUGAAGAGAUUUUGACUGUGUAUGAGCGAGCAUCAAGCCCAGCAGUUAAUUUUCAGAAAUCUGGGUUAUUCUUUAGUGCAAAUAUUUCAGAAAGGGACAGAGAUUUAUUUUCUGGGGUACUUGAAGUGUUUAACCCUUUGAAUCAUGGCCGAUAUUUAGGGCUUCCUCCUCUUAUUGGCAGUAAUAAAAGACAAAAUUUUGCUUAUGUGAGAGAUAGACUGUGGAAGCGGAUUCAUGGUUGGCAAGAGAGAUUACUAUCUCAGGCAGGGAAGGAGAUACUUAUCAAGUCAGUGGCUCAGGCUAUUCCGGCUUAUUGUAUGAGUGUUUUUUUGCUUCCUAUCUCUUUGUGUGAGGAGCUCUAA